UUAUGGUCACUGGACCCAAAGUGCUUUCUGACUGACACUUCAGUCACUUGCCCGAACUUGGUUCCUAAGAGGAGGUCCAGUGCUGCACCUUCUGGCCCUCUGAGGAGAGGUCACCAGACCCGAAACGUUAACUUUUUUUUCCUUCACAGACCUGCUGGACAUUUCCAGCAACUUUGUUUUUGUUCUUGUCAGGGCGCUCUACAUUUAUUGAUUAGGAAACACUCUCAAGAGUUUCCGUUGCUGCUGUUAAUCAGUGUGGACCCCACCAUGUAGAGCAGUACAUUGCCACUUUAAGGGGAAAGGGCGGCCGUCGCCCUUCCCAACAUGGCGGCCCCCAACGAACUGCAGCCUUGGACCUUCUACAGUUGGCGGCCGGGGCCCGGAGACGGGGAAUGGCGCUGAGGAGCUGUGGUUGGCGCUGGCUCCAGGCCCGAGGCCUGCGGGGGGCACAGGCCCCGGACCCCGUCCUCCGCUACAUGGGCAAAGGCCGCAGGAAGAGCCGCGUGUUCGUCUGGGGAUUCGCCCACACCGGGGCCCUGGGCCUCCCGCACCUGGUGCUGGGCCGCAGCGGAGGCCAGAAACCCCGGCAAAUCCAACUGAGGCCGUGCGGAGUGGAGCUGGAACAGAGGAUCUCAUCUGCGGCCUGUGGCUAUGGGUUCACUUUAUUGGCUUCACAAACCCGUGACAUCACCAAGGUCUGGGGAAUGGGCUUGAACAAAGAUUCCCAGAUUGGAUUUCACCGGAGUCGGGCAGAUAGGACGAAGGGCUAUGAAUUUGUCCUGGAACCAUCACCAGUGCCGUUACCUCUGGAGAGGCCUCAGGAAACCCGUGUGAUCCAGGUGUCAUGUGGGAGAGCACAUUCGCUACUGCUGACUGACAACGAAGGAGUUUUCAGUAUGGGAAACAAUGCCUAUGGACAGUGUGGGAGAAGCAUCGUGGACAAUGAGAUUUAUAGUGGCAGCCAAAUUAUUCACCGAAUUGAAGAUUUAGAUGACAAAAUUGUUGAGGUAACAUGCGGACAGGAUCACAGUCUCUUCAGAACAGAGAAGGGCGAGAUCUAUUCCUGUGGCUGGGGAGCCGACGGACAAACAGGUCUUGGGGAUUAUGGUGUCACCUGUAAAUUGACCAGGCUUGCAGGCGAUAUUGCUGGAGUCAAUAUUGUACAGACAGCAACAUAUGGAGACUUCUGUUUAGCCGUAUCCAAAGAUGGGGAUCUGUUUGGCUGGGGCAACUCUGAGUAUCUUCAGCUCUCUGCCGUUACUGAAGCCACACAGGUGAAUGUUCCAAAGCACCUUCCUUUUAAAGGAGUUGGAAAGAUAAAGCAGGCAGCAUGUGGUGGGACCCAUGCUGCAAUCCUUAACAUUACAGUUUUCCACAGACCUGAGUGAACUCAGACUUCUAAAAACCUGAAAGCAAGCCCAAUCUCUGUCUCUCUCUCUCUUUCUCCCCUUUUCCCCUCCCUCCCUCUGUGAGUGGAAGAAUGCCAGCACCAAAACAUCUGAAAAGAAGAAUUUCUAACUCAACCAAAAAUCUAGGUCCAACUAACCAGUUACUGCAUUGAGGAUCACCAUGGUUGACAACACAGAGAUAUCA